AGCGAUGGUGUCCAGCAGAACGUCAGUAGAGAGCAGUUGUCCUCUGGGGAAAUUCCCCUGUGGUAACGUGACGGUGUGUCUGCACCAGGCUCUGCAGUGUGAUGGACACAGAGACUGCCCCAAUGGAGCGGACGAGGAAAACUGUGGGGACAACAGCGGAUGGGCGGACAUCUUUGAUCGAACCGUCAGAAAGGUCGACCCACAGGGCCUUCCACCACCAGAAGACUGCUUCUUGCAGCAGUACCCAGAGCAUUGCGACUGUAUCAAGACAGAACUGGAGUGUGUGGAAGUCAACCUACAUGACGUUCCUCAAGUCUCCACCAAUGUCACCUGGCUGUCUCUGAAGAGUAACAAGAUAAAGAGCUUGUCUGACAACAUCUUCUCCAAAUACACACACCUGCAGAGACUGUUCCUACAGAACAACAGUAUUCAGACCAUCUCCAGUCAAGCCUUCAGUGGACUCUACAAACUAGAGAAACUGUUUCUUAGUGUGAACUCCAUUUCAUCUCUCAAACUGGGUGUGUUCAGUGAUCUCCGUAAUUUAUGGUGGCUGGUGUUGGAUCAUAACCCUUUGAAAAGUAUCUCCCAAGACACCUUCACCGGCCUCACCUCCCUCAUGUUCCUUUCCAUGGUGAAUACGUCUCUGGUGCAGCUCCCCGAGCCCAGCCUCUGUCACCACACACCUAACCUCAGCUGGGUGGAUUUUGAGGGGAACCAGGUCUUAACCAUCAACUACUCCACUCUGAUGACCUGCAGCCAGCUCACUGUACUCCUCCUGAUGAACAACCGGAUUCACACUCUUCCUGUACGCUCUUUUCAGACUCUGGUGCUGCUGGAAGAACUAGACCUGUCCAACAACCGGAUUAAGGAGCUCCCCAACAACACCUUUAAGAGCUUAAAGUCCCUCGUCAAACUGAACAUAUCCCAUAAUCCUUUGUUCCACAUCCACCCGGGUCACUUUGACGACCUGACCCAGCUCCAGUCCCUGGGUCUGGAGGGUAUUGAGAUUCCAAACAUCCAGACCAAGAUGUUUCUACCCAUGGGGAACCUCUCACACAUCUACUUCAAGACCUUCCAGUACUGCUCCUACGCGCCCCACGUGAGAACGUGUAAGCCCAACACAGACGGUAUCUCUUCCUUCGAGGACCUGUUAGCCAACGUGGUGCUCAGGGUCUCUGUGUGGGUCAUGGCCUUCAUCACAUGCUUCGGGAACCUCUUCGUCAUCGGGAUGAGGUCUCUGAUCAGGGCGGAGAACAACCUACACGCAGUCUGUAUCAAAGUCCUCUGCUGUGCAGACUGUCUGAUGGGAGUGUACCUGUUCUUUGUCGGUGUGUUUGAUGUGAAGUACCGAGGGGAGUACAAUCGUAACGCUCUCCUGUGGAUGGAGAGUGUGGAAUGUCGAACCAUCGGAUUCCUGGCUAUGCUCUCCUCAGAGGUAUCAGUUCUGCUGCUGACCUAUCUGACUCUGGAGAAGUUUCUGGUCAUAGUGUUUCCCUUCAGUCACCUGAGACCUGGAAAACUGCAGACUGCGGUGGUGCUGUUAUCUAUCUGGGUGCUGGGGUUCAUCAUCGCCGUGGUUCCCCUGAUGAACGAGGACCUGUUUGGGAACUACUAUGGUCGUAACGGGGUCUGCUUCCCCCUACACUCAGACAGACAGGAGAAGCCCAUUGCUAAAGGAUACUCUAUCGGCAUAUUCCUGGGUCUGAACCUGGCAGCGUUCCUAGUGAUCGUGUUCUCCUACUCCUCCAUGUUCUACUCCAUCUACAAGACUGGUAUAAACGCUACAGACUUGAGGAGCAGGCUACACAGGGACGUGGCUGUAGCUAACAGGUUCUUCUUCAUCGUCUUCUCUGACGCCCUCUGCUGGAUCCCUAUUUUCCUGGUCAAGACACUGUCCCUGCUGCAAGUCGAGAUACCAGGUACCAUCUCAUCCUGGGUGGUGAUCUUCAUAUUACCCAUCAACAGUGCCCUGAACCCCAUCCUCUACACUCUGACUACCAGCUUCUUCAGAGAACAGGUGGAGGUUCUGCUGUGUCGUUGGCAGAGAAGGUCGACCCUGAAGAGGAACAGGAAGAGCCUGACCUCUACUGUUUACAUUGAGGACUCACGGAAUACACUCAACCAGCCUCCAGCAUACCUACCUACUGUACCCCGGCUAUCACUGAAUGAUAUGGAUCCUCGCUAUGGGUGAGAAGGGGAGGAAGGGCUGAGAGAGGACCCUCGCCAUGGGAAAGAGGGAGUGAGAGUAGGGAAUGAGAGAGGAUCCUCGCCAUGGGAAAGAGGGAGUGAGAGUAGGGAAUGAGAGAGGACCCUCACCAUGGGAAAGAGGGAGGGAGAGUAGGGAAUGAGAGAGGAUCCUCGCCAUGGGAAAGAGGGAGUGAGAGUAGGGAAUGAGAGAGGACCCUCACCAUGGGAAAGAGGGAGGGAGAGUAGGGAAUGAGAGAGGGGAAAAAAACGUCGCCCCCCCCAUGACCUAUCUGCCCAGCAUGUCUGAUAUGGAUCGUUCGCUGCCGGUGAGAGAGGACUAGGCUGCUGCAUACGAAUGGCCCGUUAAGACCAGGGCCGUUCUGAAGAGGGCUGUUCUGAGACUAAUGGAUAGGGUUAUUACUACCGCAAAUGAAAAUGCCCUUUGGGGGGGGGGGGGGGGGGGCAAUAACGAUUCGUUCUGAAAAGAGCCAAGCCCCUUCACUGGAGCAAACUCACCUCUUCCAACGUGCAGUACCAAUGACUGUGUCUGAAACGGUACACAGACACAUGUGUAGCAGCCACCUGUAGGGACCGGGGCGGUCCUGGAGGAUGGAUGGUGUGUUUACAUAUGAACUCUUUGUCAACAAACCUCUCUUUGUUUGUUUGUACAUAUUCUACUCAAUUGUGUGUUUCUUUAAAUCAGUGUUUCCUGGUAGUCUGCAACAAAUCUACUUUGAAACAAAAGUAUUCACCUCACACACAUGGUUAUGGGCUUAAAGAAGAACUCUGUACCGUGUCAGAUAUAGAGUAGAAAUGUCUUACAUUUUUGAGUUUGCAUCCCAGUAUUACACUUGAUAUACAUCACAGAAGACUGAAAAAUAACCAAACCGUUUGACAUAGAAACAUCCGAUUUAUCGGCUUACAAAAUAUAUUAAAAUGUUUAUUAAUUAUGAAAAUUAUGAAAAAUAUUGAUAACGUUCCACCCCAUGACGCCACUAGAGGGCGAUUUGGUCAUUUGACUGCAGGAACUAGUGAACUUUCUCCCUUAGUUGCGUACCAAAUGGCACCCGGUUUCCUCAGGCAUUACUUUAGACCAGGGCCCACAGUAGUGCACCUUAUAGGUAACAGAGUGCUAUUUGGGAUACCUCCCUGGUUCUCUGUUCCUUUACUGACUCUUACCUGGAAUGACCUGUCUGCGUGCUGUACAUUUUCAGCUGUAUCUCAGCCGUCUCACUCUACAUGCGACUGUACAUAAGUAGCCUUGUCCGAGGAAGAACGGCUCACAGGACAGGAGCCUAUCCCCUGUUUCUGUAGAGUGGAGGAGCCUAUCCCCUGUUUCUGUAGAGUGGAGGAGCCUAUCCCCUGGUUCUGUAGAGUGGAGGAGCCUAUCCCCUGUUUCUGUAGAGUGGAGGAGCCUAUCCCCUGGUUCUGUAGAGUGGAGGAGCCUAUCCCCUGGUUCUGUAGAGUGGAGGAGCUUCAACGUACAUCUUUACAGGAAAAUCACAUGACUUUACAUGUGGAAAAUCACAUGACUUUACAUGUGAAAUCAUAUGUUUUCGGGAACACUUCACAUGAUAUUUCACGUGUUUUUGGAACACUUCACGUGACGAUAUUUCACAUUUAGUUUCAAGUGGAUAUUCACAUAACCUUUCACAUGUGAAUUACAUUUCUCAUGAAGUGUCACAUGGACUCAAUUUAUCACGUGAAAUUCACAAGCCCGAAAAACAAAAAUGAGUCGUUGUGAGAAAUGUAACAGUGUUUUCAACUUAAACACGGGACACAUUUUGUCAUAUGUUUAUUCAUACAGUCAUUAAUAUUUGACAUGUCCUCAACUGGGAUGUGAACUCACAACCUCUUGGUUCACAGCAUUCCAGUCUUCCUGCUACGCCACCACGUCCGUGUCAAUUACUGAUUUCAACUGUAUUGCUACACUUUGGACUUCAAAGUAAAUCUGAGUUUAGUUAAUAAGGAUCGGUGUCCCGCUAGCGGGACAACUUCCGGUGAAACUGGAUUGCGCGCAAUUCAAAGAAAUAUUCAUAAAUAUUAUGGAUUUUAAACAUUUACUGUAUGUACAUAUAAUUGUCUUAUAUCGGCUGAAAGCUUAAAUUAUUGUUAAUCUAACUGCACUGUCCGAUUUACAGUAGCUAUUACAGCGAAAGCAUGCCAUGUGAUUGUUUGAGGAUGGCGCCCCACAUCAAAAUAUUUUUCCACCGGCACAGGUUUCAUAUAUUCACAUACAACGAUAAAAUAUGAAUUUACUUUUUGAAAAUCUUCCUCUGAUUUGUAAUCCAAAGGAUCCCAGCUAUAACAUGUAGUGUAAUUUUGUUAGAUAAAAUCCUUCUUUACAUCCCAAAAAGUCUGUUUAGUUGGCGCCAUCGAUUUGAGUAAUCCACUCGUUCAACAUGCAGAGAAAGGAAUCCAAAAAUCUACCCCUAAACGUUUCAAGUCAAAAUACGUUUCUAAUUACUCCUCAGACACCCUGAAAUGUAAUCAAACUAUAAUAUUUCUUACGGAAAGAAGUAUGUUCAAUAGGAAACCAAUUUUAGCAGGUGCGUAAUGUCUUCAUGGCGCGCAAACAUUAAUUUCCAAGACUGUGUCCUUCUACUAAAACUGUUAUUUGUUAUUUGUUUUUUAAGUUACAAGCCUGGAACCUUGAACAUGGACUGCUGACACCCUGUGGAAGCCAUAGGAAUUGCAUCCAGGGAGCUAAUUUUCAAUAUGACCUUUCUCUUGAAUUUCUAAGAGAAAUGGUCUCUCCCAAAAAAAUCUGGUUGGUUUUUCUUUGGAUUUUCUCCUACCAUAUCUAUUGUGUUAUAUUCUCCUACAUUAUUUGAACAUUUCUACAAACGUCAAAGUGUUUUCUUUCCAAUGGUACCAAUUAUAUGCAUAUCCUGGCUUCAGGGCCUGAGCUACAGGCAGUUUACUUUGGGCACGUCAUUCAGACAGGAAGUGGAGAAAAAAGGGGCCUAGCCCUAAGAAGUUUAAAGGGUGUAUAUUCUACAGUCCACAUGUCUGUCUGUCCCAAAAUACCCCAUAAAGACAAAGCAGAAACAGGUUUAUUUUUAUUUUGUUAAUUUAUAUAUAUUUUUAAAAAUGAAAUAUAACAUUUACAUAAGUAUUCAGACCCUUUACUCAGUACUUUGUUGACGCACCUUUGGCAGAAAUUACAGCCUCGAGUCUUCUUGGGGAUGACGCUACAAGCUUAACACACCUGUGUUUGAGGAGUUUCUUCCAUUAUUCUCUACAGAUCCUCUCAAGCUCUGUCAGGUUGGAUGGGGAGCAUCGCUACACAGCUAUUUUCAGGUCUCUCCAGAUAUUUUGAUCUCGUUCAAGUCCGGGCUCUGGCUGGGCCACUCAAGGACAGUCCCGAAGCCACUCCUGUGUUGUCUUGGAAAUGUUUGCUUAGGGCUGUUGUCCUGUUGGAAGGUGAACCUUCGCCCCAGUCUGAGGUCCUGAGCGCUCUGGAGCAGGUUUUCAUUGAGUAUCUCUCUGUACUUUGCUCCAUUCAUCUUUCCCUCGAUCCUGACUAGUCUCCCAGUCCCUGCCUCUGAAAAACAUCCCCACAGCAUGAUUCUGCCACCACCAUGCUUCACUGUAGGCAUGGUGCCAGGUUUUCUCCAGAUGUGGCUUCCAUCUGGCCACUCUACCACAAAGGUCUGAUUUGGUGGAGUGCUGCAGAGAUGGUUGUCCUUCUGGAAGUUUCUCCCAGCUCCACAGAGGACAUCUGGAGCUCUGUCAAAGUGACAAUUGGGUUCUUGGUCACCUCCCUGGCCAAUGCCCUUCUCCCCCGAUUGCUUGGUUUAGCGGCCAGCUCUAGGAAGAGUCUUGGUGGUUUCAAACUUCUUCCAUUAAAUAAUGGAGGCCACUGUGUUCUUGGGGACCUUCAAUACUACUGACAUGUUUUGGUACCCUUCCCCAGAUUUGUGCCUCGACAUAAUCCUGUCUCGGAGCUCUACGGACAAUUCCUUUGACCUCAUGGCUUGUUUUAUUGCUCUGACAAGUCACUGUCAACUGUAUGACCUUAUAGAGACAGACGUGUGCCUUUCCAAAUCAUGUCCAAUCACAUUACAUUGACCACAGGUGGUCUCGAAGUUGUAGAAACAUCUCAAGGAAACAGGAUGCACCUGAGCUCAAUUUUCAGUCUCACAGCAAAGGGUCUGAAUAGUUAUGUUUAUUUUAUUUUUUAUAUACAUUUCCCAAAUGUCUAAAAACCUGUUCUGCUUCAUCAUUAUUUAUUAUUAUUAUUAUUAUUAUGAGGAAAUAUGUAAUUUAAUCAAUUUUAUAAUAAAGCUGAACUUGAAAAAAAUAUGGGAAAAGUCAAGGGGUCUGAAUACUUUCUGAAUGCACAUGUAUUCUGGGGCGGCAGGUAGCCUAGUGGUUAGAGCGUUGGACUAGUAACCGAAAGGUUGCAAGUUCGAAUCCCUGAGCUGACAAGGGAAAAAUCUGACAAGGGAAAAAUCUGUCGUUCUGCCCCUGAACAAGGCAGUUAACCCACUGUUCCUAGGCCAAUAAGAAUUUGAUCUUAACAGACUUGCCUGGUUAAAUAUAUAUAUAUCCAAUGUGUAAGUUGCUCUGGAUAAGAGUGUCUGCUAAAUUACUUAAAUUUAAAUGUAUUCUACAUGACUGUCAGUGUUCUACAGUCUGUUCUAAAUGACUCAACGGACACUAGGAAAGCUUAAUUCUUCCCAGAAGAUCAAUAUGUAUUAGACAACACAUGUUUCCACCACCACAAGUCGGGAAGUUUAAACACACUUAGGUUAGAGUCAUUAACACUCCUUUUUCAACCACUCCACAAAAUGCGUGUUAACAAACUAUAGUUUUGGCAAGUCGGUUAGGACAUCUACUUUAUGCAUGACACAAGUCAUUUUUCCAACAAUUGUUUACAGACAGAUCAUUUCACUUAUAAUUCACUGUGUUACAAUUCCAGUGGGUCAUAAGUUUACAUACACUAAGUUGCCUUUAAACAGCUUGGAAAAUGCCAGAAGAUGAUGUCACCCCAAGCAUACUUCCAAAGUUGUGGCAAAAUGGCUUAAGGACAACAAAGUCAAGGUAUUGGAGUGGCCAUCACAAAGCCCUGACCUCAAUCCUAUAGAACAUUUGUGCGCAGAACUGAAAAAGCGUGUGCGAGCAAGGAGGCCUACAAACCUGACUCAGUUACCCCAGCUCUGUCAGGAGGAAUGGGCCAAAAUUCACCCGACUUAUUGUGGAAAGCGUGUGGAAUGCUACCUGAAACGUUUGACCCAAGUUUAACAAUUUAAAGGCAAUGCUACCAAAUACUAAUUGAGUGUAUGUAAACUUCUGACUCAUUGGGAAUGUGAUGAAAGAAAUAAAAGCUGAAAUAAAAAAUUCUCUCUACUAUUAUUAUGACAUUUCACAUUCUUAAAAUAAAGUGGUGAUCCUAACUGACCUAAGACAGGGAGUUUUUACGAAGAUUAAAUGUCAGGAAUUGGGAAAAACUGAGAUUAAAUGUAUUUGGCUGAGUAAACUUCCAACUGUAAACUUCCAACUGUAAACUUCCAACUGUAAACUUCCAACUGUAAACUUCCAACUGUAAUAAACCAUUGUUUCUCCCUUAAGGGGAUCUGACCGGAUCUCAACCCCCUUGUUGCCUGAGAGAAAGACCUCCACCCGUCCACUGUGGUAGUUAUUGUUACAUAUAGGGACAUAUAUAAUACUAUAGAGUAAAGACAUGUGUACAUCAGACGACAGAAGGAGAAGGCGACACUUAAGUGCAUUUGCUAUUCUGGAAAAGGGCAGCGUACCAAAGAUUAGAUAGAGCGGAACACACACAAGUAUAAUGGCCAAGGCCAUAAGUGCUUAGGAUGAGCUGGACUUACUAAUGUUAGAGGGACACACAGUCUACUAGUCCUAAUAAGGGCAAACAUACCGAAGAGCACACCAAGC